AUGCGCAGGCGCAGGGGACCGGGCCAGCGGCUGCGCCGGGGGCUGCGGCGGGAGGCGGCGCCUGUGGGAGCGAAGGGGGCGGGUCAGCGCGCGCCCCGGCGCAAGGCUCGCUCCCCGGCUGCCGCCGCCCGCUGCAGUCUCUGCCCUCCCACUGCUGCCCCUCCUGGGCAUGUCUCCCCUUCGCUGCUUAGCCCCCCACGUGUGCCUUUCACCGCGGGGUGGUCUUCCUGUCCCGUAGUCGCUCUCUCUUGGAUUCUCUGCCUCAUUCUCGCCCAGGCUCUGCCUGUUCGCCUGGUCGCUGGCUCCUCGUGUUCUCUGCCGGCCUCGUCCCCUCCGCUUGCCUCUCUCCGGGGUACCGAUCGCUGCUCUUUCCACCUGUCUACCUCCCUCUCGCUGGGUCUCUCAUCCCUUUUUUUCUCUGCACCCUCCUCGAGUGUCCGUUUCCCACCUCUCUCCCUCUCUGACUGUAUCUUUCUGGGUGUCCCCUAUCUCUGGGCCUCUGUCCCCUUCUCUCAGGGCGCCCCGCCCCCCCCACCUUGGUCUAACCCCCAUCCUGGCCGGGACUCCAGGCUGCGACACUGCGGAGAGUUGCAGAAGUGGGCCCGACCUGCAGGCCUCAAGGAGGCGGUGCCCUCAUUCCCAGACCUUCCCAGGACCCCAAUCCAGAGUCUGCGAUCCUCAGGCAUCCCUCAGACCUCUGAUGGGACCCACCAGGACCGAGAAAAGACCCGGGCACCACCCCUCUGUGCCCCAAAUUCUGGUGUGCCCCAGGCAGAAGCAGUCAGUCCUGAGCCACCAUCCCCCCACUGCCACCUGUCGCUGUCGUCGCGACCUGUCGCCUCCCACGCUUGUUGUGACGGCGCCCGCCCGACCAAGGCGGGGAAACGGUCCGAACUACAACAUCCGGCGUGCUCCGCGGGUCUGGCCCCUUUGCCGGGAGGCAGAGAGGGCCAGGGGCCUCAUGGGAUUCGUAGUACAAGAUACAGCCCUCCCCGCUCCAAUAUUGUGCGCCCUGCAAAAUAGCAACCUCCGAAC